UUUUAUCGUGAUAAUAUAUUGGACGUAAAAAAUAAGUUUUACUUUAAUCCUGAACCACUCUGACCCAGAACAAGUGUGAUUAUUAUAACGUCUUGUAAUUACAAUAGCCAUAGCAAAUAAACAAUUAAUAUUUCUUCAGAAGAAUUUCCUACUGGGUAGGCAUUAAACUUAAUUUUGUCCUAAAGUUUAAAUCCUGUCUGUGUAAAUAAUCUAUGACUGCUUGUGUUCUAUUUAUCUCUGUGGUGUAAUUCUCUGUCAACAUGGCGGUAAUAUAAUUUUCAAAUCUUCCGUAACUACCUACUAAAUGUAAGAAAUAAACAAAGUGUACAGUUACCACAAAGUUAUUGUGAUUUAUGUUGUGUUAUUUCCGAAAUGGCUGCAAAAUACGAAAAAACAAAGACUCAGCUGGUUGCUAUUUACAAAUUAGAGUUUUAUAAAAACAAAAAUAAUUGGAAGCUGUUUAAGAAGAAUGAGAGGGCGAUCAAAGACGACUCGCGGUCGCAAACACCAAAUAGUAAAUUAUGUGAUUGCAGCAGACUGGACCAGACAUACAGCGUGGAAGAUCUGCGUGCAGGACCGGAGUAUGAUACAGAGCAGUCACCACUCAACAAGGCCUUCCUAGAUGAACCUGGGGGGACAGAAGACGAGGAGGCUCCAGACUUGCUGCCAGCGGAGUUUGACCUCCCCGAGCCGGCCACUCAGUGCCUGUUCCAGCACCAGUGGGGGGACCAUGAUGGGAUGUGGCGGGAUAUACAGCAGGAUUGGUGCGGCGCGGAGGCGGAGGGCAUGCCAGAGGAGCUCGCGUACGACCACUGCGACGGACCCUACCACCGCGACCUCUGGCCGCCAGUAUGCGAGGUCCCCCAGCCAGCCCUGCCCCCCGGCGUGUCCACCGCGGAGCUGCUCCGCGCGGCAGACUGCUGCCUGCAGGACACUCACUGCACCACUACUGAACUACAUGAUUCUUUGGACGAGAGCGCGGAGUUCGCCCGCGGGGCGCACGCCGCGCCGCACUCCUCCGAGCUGGAACUGAGGGACUGUAGCCACGAGUGUGUGUGUGUGAGGGACCUGUGCUGGCGCCUGUCCACGGUGCAGCUGCAGCGCGCGCUGGCGGUGCACCGCGCCGCACUCGCCGCGCUACUGAGGGAGGCCGCCCGGAGGGGACAGUUCACCCCAUCACCCUCGCAGCCGACAGUCCCCCUGGACGUGCCAGUCCGCGACACCGACCCCCCCACCCCCCCGGACCCCGUCCUGGGGGGGUCGCACCGCGCCGGCAGGGGGCGCGGCAGGCUGCACCUACUCAACGAUAACCUCGUCGGCUUCGGACGGGGGAGGCCCUUCUGGUUGUAAUCAUAACACUAUAAGACUUUAAAAAAUGCCAUAAUUAUUAUUUACCAUCAUCAUGAUCAGCCUGUAGCCUACUACUACUACUGGACAAAGGUUUCUCACAAUGGGCUCUCCCACACAGAGAUGUAGAAGCAUUAAUCACCACUCUUGCUCAAUGCGGAUUGGCGAUUUCAAACUUAUAAUAAGACAUUAAAUAGUGUCACACCAUUGGAC